AGAAACACGCAGGAAAAUUGUCGACCAUUUCAUUGAUUGUGGCUUGAGCAAGAUGUCUGCUCACAAAACAUUUAUUAUCAAGCGGAAGCUUGCCAAAAAGUUAAAGCAAAACAGGCCGAUUCCACAAUGGGUCAGAAUGCGUACUGGCAACACUAUCCGGUACAACGCCAAACGGCGUCACUGGAGAAGAACUAAGUUAAAGUUGUAAAAUGAAUUUGAUAUGUAUUUGCCUUUUUGAUUGCUAUAUACAUUAAUCGCUUAUUCUUAAAUAAACUCCAACUUUAACACGUAAA